AUGGACGAUGCUCCACCGCGGAAGAGUUCGCUGAGCAUUGACCGGGCCGCGUUUCUGCUGCUGCGCGUCAAGAAGGCCUUCAAGAAAAAGCGACAGCAGCGGAAAGACAAACUGACCCUGCAAAAUGUCGGCGAACCCGUCGGUGGAGCUCGGCCCGUUUGCGGCAGCCGCGCCUUGGAGAAGCGGGCACGGCUCUCGCGCUCCCUCACCCUGCCCCUGUUCAACUUCCCCGGCGCCGGAGCAUUCAGCAAGCCGCAACCACCGGAAAACACUCCCUUCAAGGCAUCCUCCAAUAACUUCCUGUAUGAGUCGAAGCUCGCCACUAGCACCACCCCGAUCAGUAGCAGCCCGAAAAUCCUACUAACGGCCGACGACAACACGUUCGACUACCGGAGGAAGUCGUCCGGCGGCAGCAGCAUCUUCGCCGCCGGAAGCUCCGUCCUCGGACCGUCGGAACCGCACAUCUACGAGUUCGACGAAAAACGGUCCAGCGGCGAUGGUUCGGUUGUUAUCAGUAUCACCUCGCCCGGGACGUAUCCACCGAUACCGACGUCGAAAUCCUUUGGCCUUUCGUCGUUAAAUUUUGUCAAUUUCAAUAAUGUAGCCAACAGCGGAACACCGUCCACGGUCGGUGGUGGCUUUUUCGGCAGUCCCGGGAAUAGUUGUAACCUGGCGAGCAGCGCGGGAUUGGCCGGAAGUAGUGGAUACGGCGGUGCCGGAGCCGGUGCGAAACGCGGAAGUGACGUGAGCGUUACCGGUGGGUCGGCGCAACUGAUAAGCAACAGCACAAACAGUGCCAUCUACCGGCUGGCCCGUAUUAUCAACCAGACAACGAAAACCAAUAGCAACUGUCUGCAGCACUCGGUCAACGAUGACAGUGCUCGCCGGCUGUCCUGGGAAAGGCGUGAUAAAACCAACAAACCGAUACCGCGCUCGUCCAGCAUCGACUCGAUGGUCGAUGCGGUAUGGAGCGAAUUCCCACCGAGCACCCCGGGAAGCGCCCGGAACUCCGUCUCCACCCAGCCCCCGUCGAAUCUCAACAUCUUCCUCGGGUCGACACGCCGCGAGAGCAUGCUCAGCCCGUCGUCCAACAGGCGGACGAAGCAACAACGUGGCAUAUUCGGUGAGUACAACUUUUCUGCGUGUGAAUCCUGCUGGGGUGUCUGCCGGAUGUAA